CUACAAUCUCAAACAAACUCUUCUGCAAUCAGGCAUCUUUGUUUUCACUCGACACGACACCACACGCGUUGGCUCAAACUUACGCCGUGGAACGCUGGAAAAAAGCAACACCUUGAUACCUAUCACCACAAGUAUCAAACACGAAGAUGCAUCUUCCAACCAUUAUUGCGGCUCUGGGGCCCGCCAGCCUCAUCUCGGCCUACACAACCCGUUACAGUAAGAACUACUGCGAGCAAACCCGUACCGUGGUUACAGCAUACAGCAAUGGCUUGAACUAUUGCUACAACAUCGAUGGCGCAGCUUCAUUGCAGUUUACCGAUGUCGGCGCCCCCAAUAGAUGGAAGUGCAUUGCCUACGCUCAAUCCGGCUGCCAAGGCUCGAGACUAGAACUAUUUGGCGGUGGUAGUGCGGGCACAAGUUGCGCCAACAGCCCAAUCGGUUGGGUUUACUCUUACUCUUGUGUUUUAACGUAGAGGAGAGAUAUGGAUAGAGACUUGGUAGAUUUGGGUAGUGAUAUAGUGUCGUGUGUGGAAGAGAGUAGCAAUUUCUGAAUGCUAGAGACUAGAAAAUAACGCUAUGUCUAGAGCUUUCAUCUAAAUACCGCUCAGGGCUAAUAAUAGUACCUUGAAGGAAAGAACGUACCCUGUUCCUGUGACGAGAACGCCCCUAGACUUUGUCAGUCGGCAAAGCCGU